AUUUUGAGUACACUCUGCAAAGAGUUCCUUCAAGCGAAUGUCUCUGCCAUACUUUAUAUGAUGAAUAAUGAGCAAUUUGGUCAUAGCACUGCCUCCGCCCAGUAUUUUCUACAACUGGCCGGCUAUCUUGGCAUACCGGUGAUCUCUUGGAAUGCUGACAACUCCGGUCUGGAGAGACGCGCCUCCCAAUCGACACUUCAACUUCAGUUAGCUCCAAGUAUAGAACAUCAAAGUGCUGCUAUGUUGAGCAUUCUAGAGCGUUACAAAUGGCAUCAAUUUUCGGUUGUCACCUCUCAGAUAGCCGGACACGAUGAUUUUGUACAGGCUGUACGGGAGCGUGUCGCCGAAAUGCAAGACCAUUUCAAAUUCACGAUACUCAAUUCGAUUGUGGUAACGCGCACCAGCGACUUGAUGGAAUUAGUGAAUAGCGAGGCUAGAGUGAUGCUCCUCUAUGCCACACAAGGCGAAGCGGUUACUAUUCUUAGAGCUGCUGAAGAAAUGAAGUUAACCGGUGAAAAUUAUGUGUGGGUCGUUAGUCAAUCGGUUAUUGAGAAGAAGGAUGCGCAUGCACAAUUUCCCAUUGGCAUGUUGGGUGUACACUUCGAUACGAGUAGUGCGGCGUUGAUGAAUGAAAUAUCGAAUGCGAUUAAAAUCUAUGCCUUCGGUGUGGAAGCCUACCUCACAGAUCCGGCAAAUCGGGGACGACGCCUCACAACACAAUCACUUUCGUGUGAGGAUGAGGGACGCGGACGCUGGGAUAAUGGUGAAAUUUUCUUCCGUUACUUGCGUAAUGUGUCGAUUGAAGGUGAUCUGAAUAAGCCCAAUAUAGAAUUCACUGCCGAUGGCGAUCUCAAAUCCGCCGAACUGAAAAUCAUGAACUUGCGUCCUGGAGCAAACAAUAAGAAUCUGGUUUGGGAAGAGAUUGGUGUCUGGAAGUCAUGGGAGACGCAGAAGCUGGACAUUCGUGACAUCGCCUGGCCGGGUAACUCGCAUGCUCCACCACAGGGUGUACCCGAAAAAUUCCAUUUAAAGAUAACAUUCCUCGAAGAGGCACCCUAUAUCAAUCUCUCACCCGCCGACCCAAUUAGUGGCAAAUGUCUAAUGGAUCGCGGCGUCCUUUGUCGAGUCGCAGCCGAUCACGAGAUGGCCGCCGACAUUGAUGUGGGGCAAGCACAUCGCAAUGAAUCGUUCUAUCAAUGUUGUAGUGGCUUCUGCAUCGAUCUGCUUGAAAAAUUUGCCGAAGAAUUGGGUUUCACAUACGAAUUGGUUCGGGUCGAAGAUGGUAAAUGGGGUACACUUGAGAAUGGUAAAUGGAAUGGGCUGAUUGCAGAUUUGGUAAAUCGUAAAACCGACAUGGUAUUGACAUCGCUGAUGAUCAAUACCGAGCGCGAAGCUGUGGUGGACUUCAGUGAGCCAUUCAUGGAGACGGGUAUUGCGAUAGUCGUAGCGAAGCGUACAGGUAUUAUUUCACCGACGGCCUUUCUAGAACCAUUCGAUACGGCCUCAUGGAUGUUGGUUGGCAUUGUUGCAAUUCAUGCAGCCACUUUUAUGAUCUUCCUUUUCGAAUGGCUUUCGCCCAGUGGCUAUAAUAUGAAACUCUAUCUACAAAAUGCAAGUGUGACGCCAUAUCGUUUCUCGCUGUGUCGCACCUAUUGGCUUGUAUGGGCAGUACUGUUUCAAGCUGCCGUACAUGUGGACUCACCGCGCGGUUUCACCUCACGCUUCAUGACGAACGUGUGGGCUCUAUUCGCUGUGGUCUUCUUGGCCAUCUACACUGCUAACUUGGCUGCCUUCAUGAUAACGCGAGAGGAAUUCCAUGAAUUUAGCGGUCUUAAUGACAGUCGUUUGGUACAUCCCUACUCGCACAAGCCCUCGUUUAAGUUCGGCACAAUACCUUACAGUCACACUGACUCGACUAUACAUAAAUAUUUUAAAGAUAUGCAUUUCUAUAUGAGACAAUACAACAAAACUAGCGUCGCUGAGGGCGUAGCCGCAGUAUUAAAUGGUAAUCUGGACUCGUUCAUCUCUGAUGGUACUGUGCUCGAUUAUUUGGUGGCGCAAGAUGAGGACUGCCGUCUGAUGACAGUCGGCAGCUGGUAUGCUAUGACAGGUUAUGGACUCGCUUUCAGUCGCAAUUCAAAAUACGUCCAAAUGUUCAAUAAGCGUCUGCUCGAAUUUCGCGCCAAUGGCGAUCUGGAGCGAUUACGUCGCUACUGGAUGACGGGUACAUGUCGACCCGGCAAACAAGAGCACAAAUCCUCAGAUCCACUUGCGCUAGAGCAAUUCUUAUCGGCUUUCCUGCUACUCAUGGCCGGCAUUUUAUUUGCGGCGCUGCUACUUCUACUCGAACACGUCUACUUCAAGUAUGUGCGUAAGCGUUUGGCCAAAAAGGAUGGCUGCCAUUGUUGUGCGCUGCUCUCACUUUCGAUGGGUAAGGCGUUGACAUUUCGUGGUGCGGUUUUCGAGGCGACGGAAAUACUGAAAAAACAUCGCUGUAAUGAUCCCAUUUGUGAUACGCAUCUGUGGAAGGUGAAACAUGAGUUGGAUAUGUCUCGUUUGCGUGUGCGACAGCUGGAGAAGGCACUGGAUCAACAUGGCAUUAAGCCACCGCAAUUGAGACUGGCAUCAUCCACGGAUUUGCUGAAUCAUCAUCAUCUGAAGGAACGUCCACCACUGCUGGGUAACCUGAGUUUGGCAGCGAGCGCACAAGAUUUAUACAGGUGGUCUUACAAAACGGAAAUUGCGGAAAUGGAGACGGUGCUGUAAGAAGCCACUGCACAACCCCACCACCUGCCCGAUAAUAUCAUCAUCAACAACAACGACACGACCAUCAAGGCAACAGAGCAACCGCCACGUCAAGCCAAACGCCCAGCAGGAAGAUGAGCUAAAGUAUUAAAAACGAAUGAAUCUAGCUUGCUUGCCUAUCUGCCAGCCAUCCAACCAGCCAACCAACCAUGCAACCAAUAUCUGUACAAUGCGGAAGCAAUCGAUUUCAGUUGGAAAUGCGCAUAAAUGGUAAUAUCAUGUUUUGUGAGGUUUGAAUGGAUUCUCUACUUAGUGGAUAGAAAGGUGGGGAAAGAGAGAGAGAGAGAGAGAGAGAGAGAGAGAGAGCGCGCAUAAGGGGCAGUAGGUAAUGCAGCUGUUGUACUGAUGUACGAGUGCACCUUACUGAUUUUGUGGGGAUUCAUAGCAAUAAGUUAACAAUGAAAACAACAACUAUAAACAUUAACACGUACAGCUAAAGUAUGAAAUUUGAGUAAUGUGUAAGUUAAAAUGAAAACAUAACAAAAACAAAUAAACAACAGCAACGCAUCAAAAAUACCAUUGUAUGUACUAUUUAUAUGUAUAUGUGUGAUUAAUAUUAAGAGCCAACAGCAAGCUAAAUUAAAAAAUAUAAAUACAAAGAGUCGAAAAUAAAACGAAAGUUACAAAGAAUAAUAAUAGUAAUAAUAAUAACAACAAUAAAUAACAACAAGAGUGUUUCGCGCACAUCAGAAAAUCAAUUUGUGUGCGAUACUGGAGUUUAGUGGUAGUGAGAUUGCAUUUUUUUGUUUUCCACUAGCAAAGCCAGAAUUAUUUAGCGAGCUUUACGGUUUCAAUUAAUAUGCGGAAUUUGAAUAAUUAUUAUAAAUCUAUGAGAAAUAAAAUUUAUAAAAUAAAAAAAGGAAGUCUAUGCGAUAAAUCUAAAUAUGAUUUCAUUUAUAAUUUACUGGAGAAUGAACGAACAUCGAUUUUUAAGGCCGAGCUGAAUCGAAACGAAUAUUUUCAAGGCGCCAACUACGUAAAAAUACGCUAUUUUAGUUUGUUAUUCAAUACUGCACUAUUUUAAAUUUUAACAGUCUGAUCAACUUAAAAUUGAUUAGUGAAAUCGGCAAUCAAUCAAAUUAAUUUCACCUCAUAAUAUAUAAUACGAAUACUAAUUUUUGUAAAAAAGACAAAUGCAUUUAGCAAUUAUCAGAAAUUUGAAAAGUCGAGCCUUAAGCACCAAGAGAUUUGGUAACUUCCAAACACUCAGGCUAAAAAGCCCAUUGUAUUUAAAGCUCUGGAAAGCUCUAGUCGAGGAGGGAAGUAACAGAAAGAAAAAGAUAGGAUAGAAUAGAGAAGUAGAGUUACUUAGACCUGUGAGAAUCUUCCAGAUUCUUUGGUAAACCUGAAAAUAUCCUCCACUUUGAGAGAACGAAUAUUAUCAUUUUCAUGGCAUCGGAACCCAAAAUUUGACAGGCAGAACACUCACAGAGAAAAGCAAGAUAGGUAAAUCGGGGCCUCAAUGCUUCCAAUGCUGGUCAUAUGUUGACCCCAUGGGUUGUGUCCUGUAAUACCGCUCAUCAACCGAACGUCUUUUCUAUCAAGUGUUAGAAGAAAUUACGACACUUUUCUCUUCGGGCUUGUCACAAAACGCUUUGCAUUUCUGUAGUGUUCUAGUCCAAACCUUCGCUCUUUAUAUAGAUUGCAUAAAUACUCGCUGAUCCAAUUUAUGAUUCCUGCGGAGCUGAUUCCGAUUAUUGGCUCUGGCCCUUGUGGGGGAACCGCUGAUCCACAGUUGGCCAAUUCAUCGGCGAUUUCGUUUCCUUGAACACCGGAGUGUCCUGAAACCCAUAUAAGUACAAGCCUGUUUUGUCUUGCGACAGAAUUAAGCUUCUUCUUACAUUCUUGAACAACCUUUGAGGUUUGCCUUGCGUUCUCCAGAGCCUUUAGUGCAGACUGACUGUCACGAACGAUUCCAAUCUGUUUCUCGAUCCAUCUCUUCUCAAUUAUCCAUUUUGCUACUUUCAGAAGGGCAAAAA